AUGUACACACAUACAAACAAAUUUCAAAGUGCAAAACAGACGGUUUAUUAUCUCGUAGAAUUUUCUUUAAUCUUUCAGAUAGAUUCACUGCAAAUUUUCAUCAAUAAGGCUGAAAAUCAUACUGUCAAAGUUUUCAACAGUGUUAACCAAAAUUUUACCGAAAAAAUUGCUCCAAUAUUUCAACGUCAGCAUGGCUGUUUCUUAAAUUUUAUUAAAAUUGGCGGUCAAAGUCGUUAUGUCGAAGAAACAUUUAUACAUGAAUUUGAAGAAUUAUUUUAUCAAUUCUAUUAUAACUUCUUAAGUCCAGCCAGUCAGAAGAAAAAUGGUCAAUGCAUAAAAUUAAGUAUGCGAUCGAUUUCACCCUUUGGUAAAAUUCCAGAUGUGGUUUCAAGUCAGGCGUCUAAAUUAGCCAAACAACUACGAUUUAUCAAUUCCUUGUUAUCAGAUAUUUUUAAUAUUUUAGAUACGGCUAUCACAGAACAUAAGUUUUCUUCAUCAUGUUUAAAUGCCCUGACUCGAAUGAAUUUUUGUUCCUCUUGCUCUCUAGUUGCAGAAAGCGUUCGACCAUGUCGUGAUAUGUGCAUUAAUGUCAUGAAAGGCUGUUUAGCUGCUUUAGCUGAUAUCGGCCCCUUGUUUCAGACAUUUAUUGAUGCAGUCGAUGACAUGACCAAACAUUUCAGUUAUAUCACUAAGUUGAUUACAUUAUUCGAGUAUUACGCCGCCAAUAUCUCGAAUGGGAUGCAAAUUGCUGUUUCAUCGGCUGAUUCUAUUUUAGAUCAAGUUCGUUUAUUAUGUGACAUUAGGCAUCAAUCCGAUCCGAUAGACAAUUUAGGUCACAUUGAUUUUCCGGUUGACGGCAGAGCUAUUAGUGGUGAUAUCGAAUUUCAUAUGGCUAAACUUAAACUAUUUCAAUCGCUACAAAGUUUGAAAGAUAGAUUGAAGACUGCGCGGUUCUAUUUUACUGAUCUUCCUUAUAAAAUAUGUCUUGAUACUAAUGUGGUUGAAAAGCGAAAACAUCAAGCAUGCUGGAAUGGGAAAGAAGUUGGAAGAUACAAAUAUCAAAUUGUUCAUGGUAAUGGCACUAACGCGCAAUUGAAAAAUCCCGAACUGGACGUUGUCAUCACCGAUAAUUACCGUCUCAUAGUUAAUGUAUCAAUGCGAAUAAAUCAUUUAAUAUCUGAAAUCAUGGAUCAUUUACCGAAUAAAGUGACUCCCCGGCCUAUACCUACCAAUGGCCACAUUCCUGGAAACACUGGGAGUGGUUGCAUUGGUAGUGGAAAUUACGGCAGUGGACACGUACCAGAUGACAAUAGUGAGGACGACUGUGAUAGAAACAAUGCAAAUGAAAGUGGUUCGACAAUGCGUGAUAAGGAUGACGAAUUAACAACAACAGAAGCUACUUAUGGGGCUUCGACUGUUGCUGCAGACGACGAUAUUACGGGUUCGAGCGGCAUGAACAUUUUAGUAACCGCAAGUAACCAGCUGUAUGUCCAGGAUUAUCAAACGAAAUUACCGAUUGAGACAACAACAUCAGGAGCCAUAAUGCCUACAUAUAAUAGAUUCAGCCUUUUUGGAUCUAUACUCAUCACUGUUUUGGUUUUUUUGUUAUGCAAUAGAAGUUGA